GACUGUAAAGCAAUGGUAUCGGAUGAAUUGGAGUACUGGACUACUCAAUGACUUUAUUAGAUGACUAUUGUAAAAGCAUAGAUUCUAUUUAAUUUGAGAAACAAUUUGGAAAAAAUACAAAAAACAAGUAUUCAGACGAAUCAAAACUUUCCUACGAAAAGUGGCUAAAAUAAACCUAAAUAGAAGCUAAAAUAUAUUUUGGAAACAAACAAACAAACAUAACACAUUCUUGCGUACACAUAUUGUUUGAAUACAAUUCUAAUCAAAGUAAAUAGUUAUCUUAAGAUUACGAAGCAUUACGAAGAUAACGGAAUCUAGAAAGAAACUAUAAAAUCAUGACCAAUGUCCAGCGGGUCACUCUGUGCGUCGUUGGUGAUUCUGGUGUCGGCAAGACGUUGCUGUGUCUGUCGUACACGGCGAACUACGUACUCAAAGACUACAUGCCGACGGUACUCGAUCACCACUGGACAUUGUUGAAACACGAUGAUUUCAUUGUUGAUUUGCAGAUUUGGGAUCAUUCCGGUUCGGACGAGUACAACACCCUGCGGCCCCUCUCCUAUCCCCACACGGACGUGUUCUUGGUGUGUUUCUCCUUAAAGUCCCUCCAGUCACUUGAGCACGUGCGCUCCGUGUGGCUCCCGGAAAUAGAGAACGCCGUGGGGAAGCGACCCUUCAUUCUCGUCGGAUGUAAACGAGACGACUGUGUUUCUAGAAGAAAGACGCUGGAUGUGCUCACGGACGAGGGCGAGGAGAUGGCGCGGGAACUGGGUGCGGUCAAAUACGUGGAGACCAGCGCUAUCGAACAGUCCGGAUUUACUACGUGCUUUCAUUCCGCCAUCAAUGCAGUUCUUGAAGCCAGGAAGGCGACAGAUCAGUCAGCUGGCAUGCUGGAGUUACCAAUACGCCCGCGUGCAAACACCAUGGUAGCGAAAUCACAGACGUUGAAACCUCAUCGCUCAACGUUACCGAAGCGAUCUUUUUCAAUCAAGAUCAAGGCAGCUCUUGAAAACAAGCAGACGACCAAUCAGUCAAGUGGCGUGCUGGAAUCACCUUAACUAACGCGCUCCAAAACUACGGUAGCAAAUACACAGACGUCAAAAGUGCAUCGCUCACCGUUACCGACUCGAUGUACGUCAAGCGUCUCAUACAAUACCCUUCCGCCUAAAGUUUCUUUGACAACAUAUCAUGAAUAGUUAGUCGAACUAGAUUUAGAAUUUUUUUAUGAACGCCACAACUUCAUUUUGUAUACUGAUCGAUUCGGUUUGUUCCAUUAAUUCAUAUAAUGUUGAGGCUGUUGUUUUGUUCCGGGUUGAAUAAUAAUGUUAACAUUAUAUUCACGAGUGAUUUGAGAAUGCAAUUAUUUUCCGACUGAAAAAUACACUUAAAUGCUCUCGAGGGAAUAAAUACUAGAUUUUCUAUAAAAGCCGUUACAGUUGUUCGACUCUUGUGUACAUUUAAAUGGGUUAAACUGGAAUAGAUCAGGGAAUAAUGCUUUUGUAACAAAAUAAUGAUGUCAUGCAUCUAAAAUAACUUUAAGGAUCGGUUAAUUUUAGUUUUUUUUUCUGUAGAAACAGUUUAGUACACAGUCAUUUCAAGUAGCUGUAUGGACAUAUGUGUAUCCCUAGAUGGUGUUUUGAUGUUUAAUCGUAUUUAUUUUUCUGUAUACAUAUGCUUUACCAUUACAAAUAUAUGUUAUGUUUUAAAAAACAUUGUUAUAUUAUAGGAGAACUGUUUGUUUAUAUUUUGGUUUUGAAUAUUGAUUCUUUUCACUUUUGUAAUGUCUAGGAGACCACGUCGUGAAAUAAGGAAGGUACUUAACAAAUCAUGUUGCUAUUUUUUGCUCGGUAUUCCUGUUUAAGUAAAGACAUUAAAGUAAUGUUUCCUCUGUCUGAAACAUUACUUAUUGUCUUUAAAUCAAGUUUUUAUGCUUAAAAAAAUAAGUCAACAUGCUUUUAAAUGGACUAAUGAAAAAAAUAUCCAAUUUACAUACAUCUGAUAUAUCUACAAAUGAUAU